GUGUUUAGUUUUUUGUUUUUAAAUUGCAGUCACACUGCGGCUUAUUGAAUUUAAGGCAUUGCAAGGGCCAUUUUAUUGUAGAAAGUUCAGUUUUAUUUGCGGUGAUGAUGGACCGCUACGCGGUUAGCUCUCUGGUGGGCCAAGGCUCAUUUGGCUGUGUGUACAAGGCUCAGCGGCGUGAUGAUGACAAAGUGGUGGCCAUCAAAGUCAUAUCAAAGCGCGGUCGUUCCAAUCGCGAGCUUAAGAAUCUGCGUCGCGAAUGUGACAUUCAGGCGCGUCUCAAGCAUCCGCAUGUUAUAGAAAUGGUGGAGUCCUUCGAAUCCAAAUUCGAUUUGUUCGUGGUCACAGAGUUCGCUCUAAUGGAUUUGCAUCGAUAUUUGUCCUUCAAUGGCGCCAUGCCCGAGGAGCAUGCACAGCGUGUUGUCUGUCACUUGGUGUCGGCGCUUUAUUACCUGCAUUCGAAUCGCAUACUGCAUCGGGAUCUAAAGCCUCAGAAUGUGCUGCUGGACAAAAACAUGCACGCCAAGCUCUGCGACUUUGGGCUGGCACGCAACAUGACGAUGGGCACACAUGUGUUGACUUCCAUAAAGGGCACACCGCUCUAUAUGGCGCCGGAGCUUCUGGCUGAGCAGCCGUACGAUCAUCAGGCGGAUAUGUGGUCGCUGGGAUGCAUUGCCUAUGAGAGUAUGGCGGCACAGCCGCCGUUCUGCGCAACCUCCAUACUGCAUCUGGUCAAGCUGAUCAAGCACGAGGACGUCAAAUGGCCCAGCACGCUGAGCAGCGAGUGCCGUUCCUUUCUGCAGGGCUUGCUCGAAAAGGAUCCUAGCAUGCGCAUCUCAUGGACGCAGCUGCUUUGCCAUCCUUUUGUCGAGGGCAAGCUUUACAUAGCCGAGGUACAGGCAGCACAAAGUUCGCCCUUUAUAAAUCCCCAGCUGGCAAAGGAAACCAAAAAAUCGCAGCAAUCGUGGCAUGUUGGCGCAGAUUUGGGCGAUGUCCUGGCAGCGUUAAAGCUGAGCGACGUGGCCAAUGAAAACCUGAGCACAUCGCGGGAUAGCAUCAAUGCCAUUGCGCCGAGUGACAUUGAGCAGCUGGAAACCGAUGUUGAGGAUAAUGUGCAUCGGCUAAUAGUGCCAUUUGCGGAUAUUUCCUACAGAGAGUUGCCUAGCGGCACUGCAGCUGCUGCUGCUGGUGCUAUGCCAUUGAUUAAUUCGCAAACCUGCUUUGUUAGUGGCAACUCCAACAUGAUACUCAAUCAUCUGAACGACAAUUUUGCAAUCGAAGCGCCUGCUUCGAGCGCAACCAAGUCCAUGAAGUCGAAGCUGAAGCUGGCUCUCAAUAUAAAACAGUCGCGUAGCAAGGAUUUGGAGAAGCGCAAGCUUAGUCAAAAUUUGGAUAACUUUUCGCUGCGCCUGGGACAGAGCAUUGACAUAGAAGUGCAGCGCAAAACAACUGAGAUGCUCACGCAGCAGUCGCAGGCACAACAGCUGCAAGAUAGGAAGACACAGCAGCUGAAGCAAUCGAUGCAUUCCACCAACGAUGAGAAAUUGAGCAGCGACAAUUCGCCGCCUUGUCUGUUGCCCGGUUGGGACAGCUGCGAUGAAUCUCAGAGCCCGCCCAUUGAGAAUGACGAGUGGCUGGCGUUCUUGCAUCGCUCCAUACAGGAGCUGCUGGACGGUGAAUUUGAUUCGCUGAAGCAGCAUAAUUUAGUCAGCAUCAUUGUGGCGCCACUACGAAACUCCAAGGCCAUACCCAAGGUGCUGCAGAGCGUUGCGCAGCUGCUGUCGCUGCCCUUUGUGCUGGCCGAUCAGCAUUUGGUGGCGGAGGCCAUAAAAGGAGUUUAUAUUGAUGUCAAGCUGGUGCCAAAUUUAAUGUACGCCUGCAAGCUGCUUCUCUCGCAGCGCCAGCUAACCGACUCGGCUGCUUCACUGCCAGCCGGCACGGGCGUCUCCCUGAGUCGAACGCUGCGCAGCGUCUCGGACCUGAGUGCCGAGGAGAUGAGCACCGCCUGCAGCCUGUACGAGCUGGUCUGCCAUCUGGUCCAUCAGCAGCAGCAGUUCCUCACCCAAUUCUGUGACGCUGUCGCAAUACUCGCCGUCAACGACAUGUUCAUCAAUUUUCUUACACAUGAUUUUAAGGACAGUAGCGCGGUGCGACUUGCUAGCUGCAUGCUGGCAUUGUUCUGUUGUGUUUUGCGUGAACUACCCGAGAACGCCGAGCUGGUGGAGAAGAUUGUGUUUGACUCGCGCCUACAGCUGGCCGUCCUGCUGCAGAGCCGUCACCAGUUGUUGCGUCAGCGCGCCUGUCAGAUGCUGUUGCUAUUGGCACGCUUUAGCCUGCGCGGCGUACAGUGCAUUUGGAGUGGGGAGCUGAAGAGUGCGCUCCAGGCGCUGGCCGAGCAGCAGACCUGUCAAUCACUGCGACUGGAAGCCGCCCAAACGCUGGAUGAGCUUAGCCAGUUCAGCUUCUUUGUUGCCCAGGCAACUGCUUAGUCUUUAUUAAUAAUUGUACUUGUAUUUGUUUAAUAAAUCUUAAUCCUCGUCUA